UUUUUUUUUUGUAUUCAAAAAAUUCGUUGGUUCUUUUUUCACAUUGCGAUAACAUAUGCGUGAUGUGUGUGCGUGUGUGAUUGGAAAACAUUUUUUCCUAUAUAAUCGAUUUGGUUUAUAAUCGAAUUGCCUUUUUAAAUAGUGUUAUCAUUCAAUAAUGCGUGUGGAAAAAAUACACACACACACAUCCUUGAUGAUGAUGAUGCUAUAGUAGCAGUAGCUGUUGAAGUCGAUAUCUCAAGACAAGAUAAGGAUUUUGAAUGGAAUGGAUUGGAAUGUAAUGAAUGGCCACUUUACUGCAUUUCGAACAUUAUCAUUUUGAACAUCAUCAACAAUACAUCGUGUGUGUGUGUGUGAAAGUUGAAAAUUUUAAAUUUUUUCCUGUAUGUUUCUUCUUGAGCUUUUUACUUUUUCGUCGUUGAUUUGAAAAUGAAUUCCGAUGAAUUUCGUCAAGCAGCCAAACAAUUAACGGAUUAUAUUGCUGAUUAUAUUGAAGGUCUACGUACCAGGUCUGUCGUACCGGAUGUUGAACCGGGCUAUCUGAAUGAAUUGGUACCGGAUGCACCGCCAGAACAAGGUGAACCAUGGAUCAAUCUAUUCAACGAUAUCGAACCGGUCAUUAUGAAAGGCAUGACACAUUGGCAUUCACCCCGUUUCCAUGCAUAUUUUCCAACGGCCAAUUCAUAUCCAGCAAUUUGUGGUGAUAUGCUUUCCACGGCAUUGGCUUGUAUUGGUUUCACUUGGAAUGCAGCACCUUCAUGUACGGAACUAGAAAUGCGUAUGAUGGAUUGGCUUGCACAAAUGCUUGGACUACCAGAUUAUUUUCAUUUUAAAAAUGGUGGACCUGGCGGCGGUGUCAUCCAAACAACAGCCAGUGAAUCCACUUUGAUCGCAAUACUUGGUGCACGUACAAAAAUUCUUCAAAAAUAUGGUUUAGAUAAUAAAAUUACCAAUAAUGAUGAUGACGAUGACGAAAAUGGUGAAAAUAAAGAUUCAAAACGUUAUGAUUUACUUGGUCGUAUGGUAGCCUAUACAUCGAAUCAAUCACAUUCAAGUGUAGAAAAAGCAUCAAUGUUGAGUGCAACAAGAAUUCGUCUCUUACCGGUUAAUGAUGAAGAUUUUUCGAUGGACGUCGAUGCGUUACGAAGAAGGAUCGUUGCCGAUCAUGAACGUGGUUUAAUACCAAUGAUCGUUAUUGCAACAUUAGGUACAACCAAUACCUGUGCAUUCGAUGAUCUUUACAAAAUUGGUCAAUUAUGUUCUGAAUUUGAAAUAUGGCUACAUGUGGAUGCUGCUUAUGCUGGAUCAGCAUUUGUUUGUCCAGAGCUUCGUCAUUAUAUGAAUGGUAUAGAGUAUGCAACAUCAUUCACAGUGAAUCCACAUAAAUGGCUUUUGGUCAAUUUUGAUUGUAAUGCAUUCUGGGUAAAAGAUAAAAGUCUUAUCGAGGAUGCAUUCAAUGUGAAUCCAGUAUAUCUUAAACAUGAAAAUCAGAAUCGUAUUCUUGAUUAUCGGCAUUGGCAAAUACCAUUAGGAAGACGAUUCCGGUCAUUGAAAAUGUGGUUCGUAUUCCGUAGCUAUGGAGUGGAUGGAUUACAAAAACAUAUACGAAAGCAAAUAGAAUUGGCACAAUUAUUUGGACAACUAUUAAAAACUGAUGAACGUUUUGAAUUGAUUGAUGAAAUUCGUAUGGGAUUGGUUUGUUUUCGGCUACGAGGAUCAAAUGAAAUGAAUGAAAAAUUAUUACAGACAAUAAAUCAUGGUAGAGAAAUAUUUUUAACACCAUCUAAAGUGAACGAUAAAUUCAUCAUACGUUUUGCCAUUUGUGCACGUACUACAAACGAAAAUGAUGUGUUUUAUUCUUGGAGUUUGAUCAGACAAUAUGCUGAACAUUUGUUUGAUCUUUGAUGAAUGAUGAGCACAAAUAUAUAAAAAUAAAAAUUUUAUUUUACGUUUGUAA